AUGUCUAAUUCAUUAUUGGCUUGGACACUUACACUCCUUAGUGCCUCGUCAACCCUCGUUUCCGGUCUAAAGUAUACCUCAUCCGAAGCCGAUUACAACCUCAACACAAACAGAUUAGCCAAGAACCCCUUCGAGUACUCGGGAAAGAGAGAAAAUCACAACUUCACAGCAUCGCCCCCGAAUUGGCGAUUUCCCUUCUACACCUUGUUCGUCGACCGUUUUGUCAAUGGCGACCCCGAAAACGACAAUGCCAAUGGCACAGUUUUUGAACAUGAUAUCAUGAGCAACCAGCUCCGUCACGGAGGAGACGUGAUGGGACUUGUCGACACAUUGGACUAUAUCCAGGGUAUGGGCGUCAAGGGUCUCUACAUUGCUGGUUCGCCCUUCAUCAACGACCCAUGGAAAGCCGAUUCAUACUCGCCUCUCGACUUGACUCUUCUUGAUAAACACUUUGGUAACAUCACAGCAUGGCAGUAUGCCAUUGAUGAAAUCCACAAGAGGGGUAUGUAUGUGGUCCUCGACCAGACCAUGGCGACCAUGGGUGAUUUGAUCGGCUUCCAAGGCUAUCUCAACGAGUCCACGCCGUUUCUCACUGAGGAGCACAAGGUCCUCUGGAAAACGUCUCGCAGAUACCUCGACUUCGACAUUGGUAACGAGUACAACGAAACCUGCGAGUAUCCGCCUUUCUGGUUUGAGGAUGGAAAGCUUGUUGGCAGCGACGUUACCAGCCAACUGAAGGGAUGCUACAACAGUGACUUCGAUCAAUACGGCGACAUUGAGGCUUUCGGUGUUUUCCCCGAUUGGCAACGUCAGUUGGCCAAAUUCGCUUCCGUGCAGGAUCGUCUGCGUGAAUGGGUUCCCUCGGUGCGUCAGCGCCUCGAACUGUACUCCUGCAUGACCAUCCAGACCCUUGACAUCGAUGGUUUCCGUAUCGACAAGGCCGUCCAGGUGACAGUUGACGCGCAGGCCGAAUGGAGUACUGCCAUGAGAAAGUGCGCCAAGGAAGUUGGCAAGGACAACUUCAUGGUUGUGGGUGAAAUUACCAGUGGUAACACUCUUGGAUCCAUUUAUCUCGGCCGUGGCCGAACUCCUGAAAUGGCCUCAUCCUUGGAGCUCGCAGACGCCAUCAAACUGAAGUCGACGGAUUCUGCCAACUCAGGCGUCUUCGUUCGCGAGCACGGCAAGAGUGCCCUCGAUGCUGGUGCCUUUCACUACUCCAUUUACCGUUUCAUGACCCGUUUCCUCGGCCUCAGCGGUAACCUAGAGGCGGGUUACGAUCUUCCGACGGACUGGGUCCAGACGUGGAACCAGAUGAUCUUGACCAAUGACUUCUUCAACGCCAAUACUGGAGAGUUCGAUCCCCGCCACUUGUACGGCGUUACCAACCAGGACGUUUUCCGCUGGCCUGCUAUCGAGCUUGGAACCGAGCGCAUGCUUCUCGCCUAUUUCAUCACCACCUUGCUCCUUCCCGGUGCCCCUCUUGUCUAUUACGGCGAGGAGCAGUCGUUCUACGUCUUGGACAACACCGCAGAGAACUACGUUUUCGGUCGUCAAGCCUUCUCUGCUGCUCAGGCAUGGAAGUUCCACGGUUGCUAUGCGGGCGAUAACUCCGUCUACGUUGGUUGGCCCAUCACCAAGGGCCGAAAGGGCUGCGAGGACGAGACCGUUGCCUAUGACCACCGAGACCCCUCCGCCCCCGUCCGUAACUGGAUGAAGCGCAUGUUUGCUUUCCGCGAUAAAUACCCCGUUCUCGAGGGCGGCUGGCUGGUCGAGCAACUGGCCAACAAGACGCACGGUGUAAGGUACAAUGGCAGUUCCGUCGACACCGAGACCGGUAUCUGGAGUGUUGCACGUGGAUACCUCAGCGGUGCUCAGAACAAGACGGGUGACCCAGUCUGGUUGGUUUAUCACAACGACCCCAAAGAACAAACCUAUACUUUCGACUGCAGCAACCCCAAUGAUGCCUUUAUUGCACCCUUCGACUCCAACACCAAGGUUCGCAACCUGUUUAGCACAGGCGAUGCCAUCACUCUUGAGAGCUCAACGAAGCAGAACGGCUUCAAGGGCGCCGGCCACACCGCUGGCUGCCUUAGCUCGAUCACUAUGGCUCCCUUUGAGUUCCGUGCCUACGUUCCCAGUGGCGAUUGGAUGGCCAUCAAGACGGCGGUCACUGGGUUUGAGCCCGGCCACGAUCACCCGAUGGAUUCGACGGACGCCAAUGGCCAAAUUCCCAUCGCUUUCAAGUUCUCCACCAACGACCUUACUUGCCAACAAGUUACCAACAGCUUUUCUGCCUUUGUCACUGUUGAUGCUAAUACCAAAACGAACCUUACGUUUGAUACCCCCGUGUGCAGCGAUAUGAACCCUAUCGAGAGGGAGUCGUUCACUGGUGCCGUCGCUUCCGUCUGGAAGUGGUCAACCACCCUCAAGAAUGUGCCAGACGGCAUUGUCAAGCUUACUCUUGACCAUCCUGGUGGUGACAGUGAAAAGGGCACCGGCGCCACCGAUCACUUUCUCAUUCGCUUUGGCAAGCCUUACAACCCCAUUGUCUUCCCGAGCACUGCCAACUAUUCCCGCUCUCUUAUGGAGGAGAGUAACGGCGAGUACUUCAUCAACCAUGCAGCUGCUGGCGCCAACAAGUGGCGCUACAGUACCAACUGGGGCUCCACCUGGAGCGACUGGAUGCCCUACACUGGUGCCAAGGUUCGCAUGAUCGACCAGGCCUGGAAGGGUACCGAUCUACAGAAGUGGGAGGGAAAGCAUCUGAUUGUGCAGUACUUUAGCCAGCCUCUCGGUUCCUCCUCUUUUAUGCAGCAUGCCGACAGCUCCGAUAUUCCCUUCUCUCGUCGUUGGCCGCACAUCUUCCUUCAUGGACCGUUCAACAAGUGGGGAUACGAUGCUGGUCUGCCUAACCUUAUGGACCACGUUCAGAACAACCAGUGGUCACUUCAUUUCAUGUACGAGUGGCCGGCCCAGAUCCAGCUCAAUCUUUGGGGUAUUAACCCGGACAACCAACCUGAUGCUACCUUCAUCUAUGGCGACCCUAACGGCGAUGGAGUCCUUGAUCGUCUUCCCCCAAGUUCCCUGUCUGACAACGUUGUCAAUCUGACCAAGCCGCCUCCCAUGCCCUACCUGUCCUACAAGCUUGUGCUCAACGACGCUAACUGGAACUUUGUCGCGGAGCCUCAGGGCAACAUGUGGAUCCAGAUCGUCUUCUUCUUCCUCCUAGGUUUAAUGCCGAUCAUUCUGGCGGCCCUCGCCGGUUGGAUCUAUAUGAAGGGAUUCUACCAGGUCAAGAUUAACAAAUCAGGAUUCUCCAAGAAGGGUUGGUUACCACUCAAGCUCGGGAAUGAGUCCAACAUUAACUUCGGCGAAAAAGGCAAAAGUCUCGAGAUGUCGCAGAUCCCUCCGUCUCCGAUCGUCACACCCGCAGCCGCGGCGGCCACCGGCGGCGCCCCCCGGAGAAAGGUCCUCAUCGCUACCAUGGAGUACAACAUCGACGACUGGAAGAUUAGCAUUAAGAUCGGUGGUCUCGGUGUUAUGGCUAAGCUCAUGAGUCAAGCCCUUGGCCAUGUCGACCUCAUCUGGGUUGUUCCUUGCGUCGGCGACGUCGAUUAUCCUCUCGACAACGAGGCCGAACCGAUGUUUGUAGAGAUCAUGGGCGAGUCCUACGAGGUCAAGGUCUUUUACCACGUCUUCAAGAACAUUACGUACGUUAUCCUCGAUGCUCCGAUUUUCCGCCAGCAGACCAAGGCCGAUCCCUACAUUGCCCGCAUGGACGAUCUCGAGAGUGCCGUCUUGUAUUGUGCCUGGAACAGCUGUAUCGCCGAGUCCAUCCGCCGUUUCAACGUCGACAUCUACCACAUCAACGAUUACCACGGCGCCGCAGCCCCUCUCUACCUGCUCCCCGAUACCGUCCCCGUUUGUUUGUCUCUCCACAACGCCGAGUUCCAGGGCAUGUGGCCUAUGAGAACCGAGGAGGAGCAGAAGGAAGUCUACAGCGUCUUCAACCUUCCUCCCAAGGUCGUCAAGGAUUACGUCCAGUAUGGUUCCGCCUUCAACUUGCUCCACGCUGCUGCCAGCUACCUCCGUAUUCACCAGCGUGGCUUUGGUGCUGUUGGUGUGUCAAAGAAGUAUGGUGACCGUUCCCUCGCUCGUUACCCUAUUUUCUGGAGUUUGAAGAACAUUGGUCAGCUACCCAACCCCGAUCCUUCCGAUACUGGCGAGUGGAACCCCGAGGAGGACAUCUCCAACCACACAGAUGAAAUCAAGAUUGAUGAGACCUUUGAGGCGAACCGCGCGACUCUCCGAAGACAAGCCCAAGAGUGGGCCGGUCUUGAAGUUAACCCCAACGCCGACUUGUUCGUCUUCGUCGGUCGAUGGAGUUUGCAGAAGGGUGUCGACUUGAUUGCCGAUAUCUUCCCUACCAUUCUCGAGAAGUACCCGUCCACCCAGCUUAUCUGCAUUGGUCCUGUUAUCGAUCUCUACGGCAAGUUCGCUGCUUUGAAGUUGAGCAAGCUUAUGGAGAAGUACCCCAAGCGUGUCUUCAGCAAGCCCGAGUUCACCCAACUACCUCCCUACAUCUUCUCUGGUGCCGAGUUCGCCCUGAUUCCUUCGCGUGACGAGCCCUUCGGUCUCGUCGCUGUCGAAUUCGGUCGUAAGGGUGCCCUGGGUGUCGGCGCUCGUGUCGGUGGUCUUGGUCAAAUGCCCGGUUUCUGGUUCACUGUCGAAUCGAUGACUCCUGCCCAUAUGCUUCAGCAGUUCAAACAGGCUAUUGUUUCCGCUCUCAACUGCAAGCCGAGAAAGCGAGCUCUCAUGCGCGCCUGGAGUGCCAAACAACGUUUCCCUGUCGCUCAAUGGAUUAGACAACUGGAUACCCUCUACAACGAUUCUAUCAAGGUUCACAAGAAGGAAGCUGCCAAGCAGAAGAAGGCUGGUGGCAUUCGUAACCUCACCGACUCCUCUCUCCGCUCCAGCGUUGCCGUGAGUGAGUACGGCGCUGAGUUGACGCCUUCCGGCUCAAGAGCCCCGUCUCCUCUGCCGCCGCCUACUCGCGUUGCCAGCCCCGCCGGCCGCCUCAACUCUCCUGAUCUCCCUGUUCCUAACCUGCCGUGGCACAGCAUUCCUUCCUCCCGCCGCAGCUCUUUCUCGAGUUCUGUUGGCGGUGGCCGUGAGAGUAUGAUGAGCGUUGACAGCUUUGCCAUCCGUGCUCAGAACGACAUUUCGUCUCCUCAGGCCACCGGCUUUGGUGACCUUGGCCUUCCCCAGCCAAGCUUCUACAAGCAGCAACGCAACAGCUCUCAACUGUCGUUGCCUGACAUCGUUGGUGACCGCCACGAUCUCAAGCUGCAGAACGUGGACCAGAACUUCACUGAUAAGAAUGGAGAGUUCUACCAUGAGUUCGAACAGAUGCUCAACGACCUGACUGCUAAGAACUCCAUCAACGACCUUUGCAUUGAGAACUUCCUCCAGAAGAGUGAAAAGAAGUGGUUUGCCAGAUACCGUGAUGCCAAGCUUGGUCGCAGAGACCACAGCCGCUCAAGAAGCCCGAACCCUAGCCGCCCCGGUUCCAGCGCUGGUCUUGGUGCCAAAUUCGACGGAGAGCGUGGCCGUAGCCGCACUCCCAGCGGACUCACCAACGCGUCUCGCUACGACGACAGCCCUGUUGACGAUGAGUUCCUGCUGGGUGACAACUACAAGACACCCACUGGUCUCAAGAAGAUUCUGUCCAUUCGCAUCGGCGACUGGCCCAUUUACGCCUUCUUCCUUGCCUUCAGCCAGGUCAUUUCUAUCAACUCUUACCAGAUCGUCCUUCUUACUGGUGAGACCAACCAGACGCCUCUUAAACUUUACAUCGUUGCCGCGACUUACUUGGUCACCUCUGCCCUGUGGUGGCUCAUGGUUCGUCUAACCAAGUCCGUCUACGCCCUGUCGCUUCCCUGGUUCUUCUUUGGUCUGGCCUUCAUCCUCUUGGGUGUGUCUCCGUUGUUGUCCCCUUGGCAGGCUAGCGCUGCCAUGCAAGAUGCCGCCACUGCCAUCUACGCAGCUGGUGCUAGCGCUGGUGCUCUCUCCUUCGCCCUGAACUUUGGUGACGAAGGCGGAGCUCCCACGAAGCAAUGGAUUAUGCGUGCGUUGGCGGUUGCCGGCGUUGCGCAAGUUUACUCCCUGAUGCUCUGGUACUGGGGUUCCCUCACCCACACCCCCGAGACAUCGCCCAUGGCCUACAUCGACGGCACUACCAUCCCCUUGGGUCUUGUCGUUUGUAUUCCUGUUGCUCUCUUGCUCUGGGCCAUUGGUAUCAUCCUCUUCCUUGGCCUUCCCGACUACUACCGCCAGGCUCCUGACAACAUUCCUGGCUUCUACAUCUCUCUUAUCCGCCGCAAGCUUGUCCCGGUCUUCUUCGUCAUGAUCAUUAUCCAGAACUACUGGCUGUCGGCUCCUUACGGACGUAACUGGCAGUUCCUCUUCGCUUCUCAGUGGAUCCCCGGCUGGGGCGUCGUACUCCUCGCACUGGGAUUCUUUGUUAUCCUCUGGUCCAUUAUUCUCUACGUCUUUUCCCACUUCUCGGAGAGUCACACCUGGCUCCUGCCUAUUUUCGCCAUCGGUCUCUGUGCUCCUCGCUGGGCGCAGAUGCUCUGGGGUACCAGCAGUAUGGGAAUGUACCUCCCCUGGGCUGGUGGUCCUGUUGGUUCGGCCAUCCUUUCCCGCUGCCUCUGGCUCUGGCUCGGCCUCCUGGACAACAUCCAGGGUGUCGGUCUGGGUAUGAUGCUGCUCGCAACGCUUACGCGCCAGCACGUGUUGGCCGUGCUCAUCGGCGCACAAAUCGUGGGCAGUGCCUUCACGAUGCUGGCGCGCGCGACGAGUCCCAACGCGCUGUCGCCCAACACGACCUUCCCUGACUUUUCGCAGGGUCUGAUGCCCGGAGUUGCAAGUUGGUGGUUCUGGAUCUGCCUGGGAUUCCAGCUGGUGAUACCCAUCUUGUUCUUCAAGUUCUUCAGAAAGGAGCAGGUGUCAAAGCCUUAA